GGGGGGGGGAGUAUUUAUACAAGUGAUACUAUCUGGCACAAUAUACAUUUUGUGUCUGAAAGCCGGGGCUAUGUACACAGAGCCAACAGUUCAGGAGGACUCUACAGCGUUCCCCACAAUGGACUACUACGAUUUCAACAUCUCAGCCUACGACUACCUGAUUCCCCUGGAGCACUGCCCCCCCACGAGCCUCCCCUGGUCCAACGUCUACCUCCCCGCUCUCUACCUGCUGGUGUUCCUGGCCGGCGCGGUGGGGAACGUCUUCGUGGUGGCGGUGGUGCGGUCCAAGCGCAGGGGCGCGGGCCGGCGGGUGGACACGUUCAUCGUGAACCUGGCGGCGGCGGACCUGGUCUUCACCUGCACGCUGCCUCUGUGGGCCGUGUCGGCCCUGCUGGACGACCGCUGGCCGUUCGGCGACCUGCUGUGCCGCCUCAGCAGCUACGUCAUCACCGUCAACCGCUUCUCCAACGUCUUCCUCCUCACCUGCAUGAGCGCCGACCGCUACCUGGCCGUGGUGCGCACGCUGGACUCCCGCGCGCUGCGCACGCCGCGUUGCGUGCGGCUGGCCUGCGGGGCCGUGUGGGCCCUGUCGCUGGCCCUGGGGGCCCCCGCCCUGCACUACCGCCGCGCGGUGGAGCUGGACGAGGCCGGGGGGGCCUUCUGCCUGGAGGACAUCGAGUCCCCCGUCCUACAGGGCCUGUGCCUGGUGUCCCUCCUCCUCACGUUCGUGCUGCCCGUGGCGGUGCUCCUGUUCUGCUACGGGUCCCUGCUGUCGCGCCUGGGCCGGCGGGCCGGGGCGGGCAAGGCCCAGACGGAGGCGCGGCGCCGGACCUCGCUCCGGAUCGUCUUCGCCAUCGUGGCGGCCUUCCUGCUCUCCUGGCUGCCCUUCAACGUCUUCAAGACGGCCGUGAUCGCCGUGCGGAUGCGGGGCGUGCUCCUGCCGUGCGGCCCGGAGGCCCUGCUGACCCGCGGGCUCGUCCUCUCCUCCUGUUUGGCCUUCUUCAACAGCUGCGCCAACCCCGCCAUCUACCUGCUGCUGGACCAGAACUUCCGCAGGCGGGCCCGGGAGCUCUGCCGGGGAUGUCCCGGGGCGCUGGGCCCCCGUCGGGGGCGGGUCGCGUCCCCCUACGGAACCUCCGACACCGGCUCCGGGUUCACCUCCGCCCCCGGCAGCCUGUUCUCCGUCACUCAGUCCGACUGAAGCCAGAAGCCCUCCGCCCCCGCCCCACACUCUCAGAGAUAACGAGAAAGCCGAGGGACAUUCGUCCAUUCACAUUUCCCACCUGUGCCCUGAAAAUACAGUCAUGUUCUCUUUGGGUCUAAAUGAGUUCCGAGCAAAAAUUUAAUUACGUAUAUCGGUGGCUAGGGGAACUAUUUUAUCGUCGUACAGGACACCGACCCAGAAACUUGUACCUUGUACAGCAUUUGUACUUUUUGUACCUUUAUUUCUGAGAGUGCACCUCCACCCUGAGCCAACCGCAACCAACGGCAGAAAUAUUUUCAUGAUAUAAGAAGUUAUCAAGUCAUGAAGUCUGGGUUUGUUUAAUCACUCAUUUCAGGAGAUAGGGAAACAUCUGCAUCCGUGCGUGAUUAGUCAUAGAGAGCCUCAGACGGGUGGUAUACAGACUAAACACGGUCCUGUGAUUCUUACGUUCGUCUUUUACCACAUUUUAAUUCAGACAGAUAAAUGUACUGUACUGACAAUACUGCUCCGGGCGUCUGUGCUUUAGUUACUGAUUUGUGUAUUAAAAACCUGACAACAGUCAACCAAUUAAUUAAAAUAAACAAGAAAUAAAUACAGAACAAAUCUCUAGCGAGCAAGCUGAAUGUUUAUGAAAAUGUCAACACUCUGAAUGAAUUUUCUUCAAUCUAUUGUAUUUCAGAAAUUAAGAACAUCCAAUGAACAUCAUUAAGAACAUCCGAACAGGCUGAAAAAGUUUUGCAUUAUAUUUUGCCUUUUUCAUUUUAUAAUUGAGUAAGCAUAUUUUAUAAUUAUAGCUAGUUAUAAUUAUAAAAUAGUUUUAUGCAUGUUUCUGUUUAAGUAGUGUUGUCACAAACCAAUGAGUUGAUAGUACAAAUAAUAUACUCAAAAAAAUUAAAUACAAUCAAAAUAAAUCUAUAUUAUUCCAAAGGAUUAAGGAUAAAACAAACACCAAUGUUGUGCAUUAACUAUAACUAUAUAACAUUUAUAAUACUUGGAAUAAUGAAUGCUUCAAAAAAGACUAAAAUAGACUAUAAAUGAGUUGACACAAGUUUUAAUAAGAUUUUAUUCUGUAUUGUAUAUCUUGUGUGUGGCAUAAAAUAUUACAAAUCUGAAGAAAAGAAGUGAAGAAAGUUGAAGAAAGAUGACAGACGGAAUAUUAUAAAUGCUUUUUCACAAGCAUUCGUAAACUCCCAUCAUCCAAAGGAAACCGAUUCUCUCUUUUGUUUAUUGAUUACUUGCAUUUCUUUCUUUCUUUUGCUUCUGUACACGCAUUGCUAUGUAACUCAAAGCUUUACUUGAAAAACAUUGCGGAAAUGUGAGUUCUUUUUAUUUGUAACGACUGGAUUUUGAAUUGCAUUGUACUCUUGUAUGUGCAAGGCACCAAUGUAUCAUCAUGGCUUUUGCAACAAAAAUGAUAAAAGUUCAGAUGUGACAAAAUGUAAAAAUAGAUAAAAGCUGCAUGGCUACAUAUUGUAAUAAAUAUGCUGUUUUGCUUGACCUGUUAACAAAUAAAUAUUUACCUUUACAAAAUAAAUAUUAUUAUGAUGUUUAUGAUUUUG